AUGACGCGUGCAAAGCCAUUGCAAUCAUGCCAAGCUUGCAGACGACUGAAGCGGAAGUGCUCCAAAGACGUGCCGGCUUGUUCCCUCUGCAUCCGCCUCAAUAAAGAAUGCAUCUAUCCCGGGUUCCAGAGCCAGGAUCAGAAUGUCCUAGUUGAUGUUUUCGACAGACUCCGCCACUUGGAAGAAAACCUGGACGUGAACAAGCGGGCUUCAUCUCAGGUCUCCUUGCGUCAGAAUACCACCCAAUCAUUUCCCGGCAUUGAAGGCAUGAAAAUUCCGUUCCCAGCCGCCUUCUUCCUGGAUAAUGGGUCGUUUAGAGCCUUGGGAGCCAACACUCUGUCAUGGGGUCUCGAUCAUUCGCUGCAGCAAGGGGCUUCAAACCUUCUCGGGGUAGAUCGGACUGAAGCGUGCUCAAGAUACUUCUCCUCUGUCCACCCAUGGUUUUCCUUCUUAAGCCAAAAGCGUCUGAAUAACGGGGAUAAGGGCUCAUCCGCAGAUUUAGAUGGCUGUGAACCACUCUUAAUUUUAUGCUUCGGGCUCCUUACAGAGGAAUUGGUGAAUUCGCCACGAGAACGCCCCCAAACAAGCAAGCUCUACUCAUCGAUACGGGCGAGCUUGUCGGCAGCCGUGGACAGUGGUUGUGUAUCGUUGAGGUUAGUACAAUCGCUCGUGCUCUUGUCUCUCUAUGAGCUAGGCCAUGCAAUCUAUCCUACCGCGCAUCUCACUCUAGCCCAAGCUGCCUGCAUGGGCACCUUGAUGGGGCUUCAAAGUAAGACCAAAGCCUCGAGACUCUUCACCCCUGCAAACUCAUGGACUUUGCGUGAAGAGCAACGCCGCACGUGGUGGGCCAUUCUAAUUCUUGACAGAUUUGCCAAUAUCGGGGCGGGAGGCCAAUCUCUCUGUGCACCUGAUCCCACUUCAACUGACCUGUUGCCUGUCAAUGAUACCUCGUGGGACGCCGGACAAGUGGUCGCCAACGAGCCGCUAUAUACUACCGAAUUCUGCUGUGUGGCAAUGGUCAGCCCGCUUGCGCGAACAUGCCAGGCUGCGCAUAUGUUAGGAAAGAUAAUCCAACACGGUAGGGAUACUGAGGAUCCGGCUCACAGCCUGGCUGAGGCACUUCAAAUCCACCGGGCGUUAUCUUCGCUCCUUAGCAACCUAGAGCUCAGGGAGGACCUUGAGUCAAACGUUUCAGCGCUGAGUCUUUGCUGUUCCGCUAUUUUCCUUCUCUAUGAUCGAUAUCAAGCGAACGAAUCGGAUGAGAUGGUGCGGCUACCAGCUGAAACGGAGCUGCAACACCUCACACUGGAAAGCAUUCGGGGUAUUGCCUCUAGCUCUGCGCCAAAAAUUGCGCAAAUAAUCCGAAGACAAGGAAAUCUGGCCAAAAGCCUACUUAAUGGACCCUCUCUCUACCGCGCUGCGAAUAUAUGUGCCUGGUUCAUCAGAGAGGAUCACGACCCAGUGAUGUACGAGGCUCUAGAAGCUAUUGUAACUGGACUCAAGGGCUUGCAAGCCCGUUGGCCAGUAGCCGGAGAGUAUCUGAACCUGCUUGGAGUGGCUGGGGUUCUUGAGUUUGUGGAUACAGCACCCGGACUCCGUAGGAGCGAGGUUGAUAUGGCGUAA